UAGUUGUCCUCUUCUCAAACAUAUCUCAACUUGUUGUUUGAAUAUAAAAAAGAGAUAUCAAAAAGAAGAGAAGACCAAAAAAUUUAAAAAUCUCUAACAAAAAAAAAAAAUGGCUUCCAAAGCUAUCUUCUUCUCUUUCUUUAUCGUCUCCGCCAUCUGUUUGUCCUCCCUCGCCGGCUUCGCCGCCGCUGAUGCUGAUGACUCGGAUCGUUUCCAGAUCCAGGGAUCUGUUUACUGUGACACUUGCCGUGUUCAGUUCAUUACCCGUCUCAGCAAAUUCCUAGAAGGUGCCAAGGUGAAGUUGGAGUGCAGGAGCAGAACAAACGGAACUGUAACAUUGACCAAAGAAGCCGUUACCGACAAAACCGGAAGCUACAUGAUGGAAGUAACCGGCGACCACGAGGAAGAGGUUUGCGAGCUCGUCUUGGUUGAAUCACCAGACAGUGGUUGCAGCGACGUCAGCAAAGAGGCUUACCUACGUAACGCCGCUAAGAUCAGUCUGACAGCUAAUGAUGGAAUCGUUUCGCACGAGACACGUAUCGUUAACCCUCUUGGUUUCAUGGUCAUGACCCCUUCAGCUGACUGUCCCGCUGCUUUCAAGGAGCUCGGUAUUGUCCCUGAUGUCACAUUCUAAGCGAAAACAUAAAGAAAGAAACACAAAAACAUAUGACAUUUAUAAGAGAUUAUAUAUUUUCUUAAUUUAAUUCUGUCAAGUU